UCGGAGGGCUGGAAGGGGUUAAAUUUCAGGCUCCGGCGUCCUGGGAGAAGUUACUGAAUAUGUUUCCUCUGACUGUGGAAAACAAGCAUGUGGCCCAGUUGUUGCUCAGUACUGGUACCUGUCCAAGAUGUAUCUUCAGAUUCUGUGGUGUGGAUUUUCAUGCACCAUACAAACUUCCCUACAAGGAGUUGCUCAGUGAACUACAAAAAUUUCUGGAAGCUGAAGAAGAUGAAUUAGUUUCUGAAACAAACCCACCUCCUAAGAAAAUUCGACUCCAGGAACCAGAAGAUCAGGUUGAUGGGAUGGACAGUCUGAGUCAAAAUGGAGAGGGAAAGCUCUCAGUGACUGAAGAUGGAAGCAGUUCUUCCAAGAACUCGAAUUUAAAUGUAUGCAAUGUAUGCCUAGGAAUUCUUCAAGAUUUCUGUGAAAAAGAGUUCAUUAAAAAGGUGUGCCAAAAGGUUGAGGCCUCUGGGUUUGAAUUCACCAACUUGGUAUUGUCAGUCUCCUUCCCACCGCAGCUAUCUGUAAGAGAGCAUGCUGCUUGGUUGCUGGUAAAACAGGAAAUGGGAAAGCAGAGUCUGUCGCUGGGAAGAAAUGAUAUAGUUCAGCUAAAAGAAGCCUACAAAUGGAUAACUCACCCCCUGUUUUCAGAGGAACUGGGUGUUCCCAUUGAUGGAAAGAGCUUGUUUGAAGUGAGUGUGGUCUUUGCUCACCCAGAAACAGUUGAGGAUUGCCACUUCCUACGUGCAGUAUGCCCAGAUUGUUUCAAGCCAGCCAAAAACAAACAGUCAGUAUUCACUAGAAUGGCAGUUAUGAAAGCUUUGAAUAAGAUAAAAGAAGAGGAUUUCCGCAAGCAGUUUCCUUGUCCUCCAAACUCACCAAAGGCUGUAUGCACUGUUCUUGAAAUUGAAUGUGCUCAUGGUGCUGUUUUUGUGGCUGGGAGAUAUAAUAAAUACUCCAGGAAUCUACCACAAACUCCUUGGAUAAUUGAUGGAGAAAGGAAGCUGGAAUCUUCAGUGGAAGAAUUAAUUUCAGACCAUCUUUUGAAAGUGUUCAAAGCAGAAAGCUUUAAUUUUUCUUCCUCUGGAAGAGAAGAUGUAGAUGUGAGAACAUUAGGAAAUGGAAGGCCCUUUGCAAUUGAGCUGGUGAAUCCUCAUAGAGUACAUUUCACUUCACAAGAAAUUAAGGAACUUCAGCAGAAAAUUAAUAACUCAUCUAACAAAAUCCAAGUCCGUGACUUGCAGCUUGUCACAAGAGAGGCAAUAGGACAUAUGAAAGAAGGUGAAGAAGAGAAGACCAAGACCUACAGUGCCUUAAUAUGGACAAAUAAAGCAAUACAGAGGAAGGACAUUGAAUUCCUAGAUGACAUAAAGGACUUAAGGAUUGACCAGAAAACACCUUUACGGGUCCUUCACCGGAGGCCCCUGGCUGUGAGAACUCGCAUCAUUCACUCCAUGGAGACAUGCUAUGUGGACGAGCACCAUUUCCGCCUCUACCUGAAGACUCAAGCUGGAACCUACAUUAAAGAGUUUGUACAUGGAGACUUUGGAAGAACCAAGCCAAACAUUGGCUCUCUGAUGGAUGUGACUGCAGACAUUCUUGAGCUGGAUGUUGAGUCUGUAGAUGUUGAUUGGCCCCCUGCUCUGGAUGACUAGCUUUCAUACUUGGAAACAAAGAGUAGGCUUUUCCAGCUCAGCAUGGACGUCCAUCCAGCAUACACUGUAAAAUGGUUGUUUUUACCCACCACCAAAAUGGUUGUUUUUCCAACGGUGUCUUGGAAAUCAUUUGGAUCAUGUUGAUCUAUAUAUUUUUAAAUUUGUUGUAACAUCUCAGGAUCUAACUAUGUGUAUAAUUUGUGUUGAAUUAUUCUAAGGAUGUCUUAUGAUUUUUCUCCAAUCCCCAACAAGCCAAAUUAUGAAUAAUGAACCAUUCAUUAAGUUACAAAAACAGGAUACAUUCUCUGAUAAUCUGAGAAGCUCUAAUUUCUUUCAGCUAAAUUUCCCUCCAUAAGACGUCAAAAUCAUGUUUUAAAUUUUUUAAAUAAUCUUGAUAAAAGUUACCUCUAGAUUUAUGCAGCACAGUAUCCUUAUAAUAUUCUAGGAUAUCAAAUGAAAAUCUGACAUCAUUAAUACUUUUCCCAGUAAGCUUCAAGCAAGCGAUUACCAAUAGAAAUACUGUUUUGGUAUGAUCUGUCAAAAUCUUAAUGACUCCAAGUUACUAUUCUGACAAUCUAGAAUUGUCAGUAUGUUUCCUGGGGGAGAGGAAGUAACACCUUAGGAAUUGAGGCAUACCAUGUUAAGAGACUUUUAAAUGAGGAGACACAAGUGCCUUCAAUGACUUUAAUCCCAGGGAUAAGAUUCUGAAAAACUGACUUGCUAAACAAAGGUAAGCUGAUAUUAUUCCAGAGUGCUUCAAUAUAUUAUCUAAUUGCAAACAUCUUUAUCAGGUAGAUAAGAGUAUUAUCAUCUCCACUUUAUAAAUAUGAAAACCAAAGAAUAGAAGUUAACUGAUUUAUCUCAAAUUCAUCUAAAGUUCCAUAUCUGGGACUAGGACUGAAGUUUCCUGGUCUCUAGGGUCGUUUCUAAAAAACCUUAUUAUUGAGCACCUCCUACAUGAAGGAGGCACCUAGAAUGUCAUUUUAAUGCACAUAACCAUUGAGAACUGACUUUUGGAAUUUAGAUACCAAAUCAAGCUUACAAAAAAAUAGCCCAAGUAAAUUUCAUGUGAGCUCAUAUGAUUACCAUUUGUUAAUUAGUUAAUCACCAGUUGGUACUCUGAAAAGGAAAAUCAUUAAAUAAGCACAACCUAAAGAAAAUGGAUGGAUCAUUAAAAGUUUCAGAAAGGAGUCUCAUUAAAAUUUCAGAUAUAAGUGCAAUUUUCAUCACCAUGAUUCAACUUUCUGAACUUAUUUUGGAACACGUGUGACCUAGAUAGUAUGGAUUACUCAGUUUCCCAUCUCUUCAUUAAACAUGCUUUAGAACUACCCUGGUGGUACAGUGGAUAAGAAUCCUCUUACCAAUGCAGGGUACAUGGGUUCAACCCCUGGUCCGGGAAGAUCCCACAUGUCACAGAACAACUAGCUCAUAUGCCACAACUGCUGAGCCUGUGAGCCACAACUACUGAAGCUCGAGAGCCUAGAACCUGUGCUCUGCAACAAGAGAUGCCACCGCUUAUGAGAAGCCCAUGCACUGCAAUGAAGAGUAGCCCCCACUCACUGCAACUAGAGAAAGACCACUCACAGCAACAAAGACAAAUUAAAAAAAAAAAUAGAAAAACAUGCUUCAGAGAUACUAAGUUGUAUUAUUAACCUUAGGAAUCAGGAAAAUGCUUUAACUGACAUGAAAAAAUUUCAUAUGUGAAUGAAAGUGAAAGUCACUCAGUCAUGUCCGACUCUUUGUGACCCCAUGGACUGUCCAUGGAAUUCUCCAGGCCAGAAUACUGGAAUGGGUAGCCGGUCCCUUCUCCAGGGGAUCUUCACAACCCAGGGAUCGAACCCAGGUCCCCUGCUUGGCAGGCAAAUUCUUUACCACUGAGCCACCUGGUAAUAGCAAAUAACUUUUUCAUUGUUCUCAAUGCCAGAAAAUGAGAAAGGGAUAAUAGAAAUAAACUUGUGGUAAAAAUGUAA